CAAUCUGUUAAAAAUCCUCCAGACAUCACUGUCCUAGUAGGCCAAUGUAACCGGAAAAUAUAGCUACACUCCGGGUGAAGCGGAAAAAAAGAACUUGUCGAGGAGGAACGUUAACAUUUUAGUGCUGGUUUUGUGCAUAUAUUACUAAGUUUCCGAUCUUUGUAAAAUGUUAUACGUUACUAAGCGUGUGAGUUGAAAUAGCCGAAUAGUGGUUAUUUUAGUUUACCAUGAUUUCAUAACACCAGGGUGUUAGACUGGGCCUCCACGCGGGUGUUUUUUUUUAUCCCAAAGCUAGUUGCUAGCUAGUGAACAAUCGGCUAACAAAAGUUAUAUCAAAAUAUUGGCCUGUUGUUAAAACAUGUCAGGUUUUAAUUUCGGAUCUGGAUCCACGAACACUGGCGGGGGGUUUUCGUUUGGAGGCACUGCCAGUACCCCAGCUGCAGCAGGUAUGGGUGGCUUUACUCUGGGUGGUCUGGGUGGUGCAGCCUCCACCACCACCACCUCUUCUCUGGGCCUGGGGGGGUCCCUGUUCGCACAGAAACCUACUGGGGGGUUCUCCUUUAACACUCCUGCCUCAGGUGCCCCAGCAGCCUCUACAGCCCCUACCACGGGCUUUAGUAUGGCCUUCAAUAAACCUUCUGCCUCGGCCCAACCAUUCUCCCUCACUGCUGCCUCCUCGGCCCCCUCAGGGGCAGGACUGACGCUAGGCUCCUUCCUCACCUCCACCGCUCCACAACAAGGAGCCACAGGAUUCGCUCUCAACCUAGGGGGUGUGGCCACGAGUACAGCCCCGUCCACAGGUCUAUCGUUGGGUUCCAGUAUGUUCUCUAACAUGACUCCUACUGGUUUAGCCCAGACCACUCUUGGUUCAGGGGGGUUGACGUUAGGUUCCUUAGUCUCUACCUCGACCGCAAUCUCAGCGGCCCCCAGCCUUGGACUGGGCGGAGUUGACUUCAGCACUUCCUCAGAGAAAAAGAGCGACAAAUCAUUAGGGGCCAGCCCACAGGACAGUAAAGCGCUGAAAGAUGAAAACUUGCCUCCAGUCAUCUGUCAGGAUGUAGACCAUUUCCAGAAGUUUGUGAAGGAGCAGAAGCAGGUUCACGAGGAGAUCAGCCGGAUGUCUUUUAAAGCCAUGCUGAAGGUUCAGGAUGACAUCAAGAGUCUCAAACAGCUGCUGUCUGUCAGCGCCUCGGGACUACAGAGAAACGCCCUGGCUAUAGGUCACCUGAAGAUGGAGGCUGCGCUGGAGUUGAAGAAUGCAGACAUAGCUCUACGGACUCAGAAGACCCCCCCUGGUCUCCAACAUGAAAAUACAGCUCCCUAUGAUUAUUUCCGGUGUUUCGUGGAUCAGUUUGAGGUCCAGCUGCAGCAGUACAGACAGCAGAUAGAGGAGCUGGAGAAUCACCUCUCCACACAGGGCAGUGGAUCACACAUCACACCACAGGAUCUGUCUCUGGCCAUGCAGAAGUUGUACCAGACGUUUGUUUGUCUGGCUGCUCAGCUCCAGUCAGUACACGAGAACGUCAAGAUCCUGAAGCAGCAGUACCUGGGAUACCGCCGGGCCUUCCUGGAGGACUCCACUGAUGUUUUCGAGUCCAAGCGGGCGGCCAGUAAGAAGUGGAAGAGCGCCCCACGCGUCACAAUCGGUCCCGCCCCGUUUGGCAGUGUCCCUAACGCAGCAGCGGUCGCCAUGGCAGCCACGCUGAGCCAGCAGCAGCCCGGCCCAGGGAGACAGGCGCCCCUGGGGUCUGGCUUGGGAAACCCCUUUGCCUCAGGAGUGGGCUCUAGCACGGGCUCAUCAGGCCUUGGAGUAUUUGGUGGGGGUCCAGGUUUCGGGGGGGUUGCGACGGGGGGCUCAUUUGGUUUCUCCUCCGCCAGCAAGGCCUCGGGAGGGAGCCUGAGCGCAGGUUUUGGUAGCAGCAGUAGUUCGGGGUUUAACUUCAGUAACCCCGGGCUCAACGCGUCUGCCGGCCUGACGUUUGGCGUGUCCAACCCUACCGCCACGGGCUUCGGCACAGGAGGUCCACUGCUACAGCUCAAGAAGCCCCCGGUGGGAAACAAGAGAGGCAAGAGAUAGUCUCUCCACCGAUGCUCUGAGGGGCAAAGGGAACAGUGGGGUAACAGUUAGGAUUUGGGGAAGGAAAGCUGAUCCUAGCUCUUAUGACUUCCAGAACUGUCCGCGUUUGUAUAAUGGGUUAAAUGGGUCGCAGUCCAUUUUAGAUGGAUUUGGGGAGGGUAGGUUUAUUUUAGAUCUGUGCCUAAGGGUGACUUCUAGAGCUGUCCAUGGGAGGUGGAGACGGGGGUAACAGUCUGUCCCAGAUCUCUAUUUUUAUAUCUGUCAUGAAGGAUGGGUAGAAGGAGCAGGAUGGGUAGAAGGAGCAGGAUGGGUAGAAGGAGCAGGAUGGGUAGAAGGAGCAGGAUGGGUAGAAGGAGCAGGAUGGGUGGAAAGGAGCAGGAUGGGUGGAAAGGAGCAGGAUGGGUGGAAAGGAGCAGGAUGGGUGGAAAGGAGCAGGAUGGGUGGAAGGAGCAGGAUGGGUGGAAGGAGCAGGAUGGGUAGAAGGAGCAGGAUGGGUAGAAGGAGCAGGAUGGUUAGAAGGAGCAGGAUGGGUGGAAAGGAGCAGGCUGGGUAGAAGGAGCAGGAUGGGUAGAAGGAGCAGGAUGGGUAGGAGGAGCAGGAUGGGUGGAAAGGAGAAGGAUGGGUGGGAAGGAGCAGGAUGGGUAGAAGGAGCAGGAUGGGUAGAAGGAGCAGGAUGGGUAGAAGGAGCAGGAUGGGUAGAAGGAGCAGGAUGGGUGGAAAGGAGCAGGAUGGGUGGAAAGGAGCAGGAUGGGUGGAAAGGAGCAGGAUGGGUGGAAAGGAGCAGGAUGGGUGGAAGGAGCAGGAUGGGUAGAAGGAGCAGGAUGGGUAGAAGGAGCAGGAUGGGUGGAAAGGAGCAGGAUGGGUAGAAGGAGCAGGAUGGGUAGGAGGAGCAGGAUGGGUGGAAAGGAGAAGGAUGGGUGGGAAGGAGCAGGAUGGGUAGAAGGAGCAGGAUGGGUAGAAGGAGCAGGAUGGGUGGAAGGAGCAGGAUGGGUGGAAGGAGCAGGAUGGGUAGAAGGAGCAGGAUGGGUAGAAGGAGCAGGAUGGGUAGAAGGAGCAGGAUGGGUGGAAAGGAGCAGGAUGGGUGGAAAGGAGCAGGAUGGGUGGAAAGGAGCAGGAUGGGUGGAAAGGAGCAGGAUGGGUGGAAAGGAGCAGGAUGGGUGGAAGGAGCAGGAUGGGUAGAAGGAGCAGGAUGGGUAGAAGGAGCAGGAUGGGUGGAAAGGAGCAGGAUGGGUAGAAGGAGCAGGAUGGGUAGGAGGAGCAGGAUGGGUGGAAAGGAGAAGGAUGGGUGGGAAGGAGCAGGAUGGGUAGAAGGAGCAGGAUGGGUAGAAGGAGCAGGAUGGGUGGAAGGAGCAGGAUGGGUGGAAGGAGCAGGAUGGGUGGAAGGAGCAGGAUGGGUGGAAGGAGCAGGAUGGGUAGAAGGAGCAGGAUGGGUAGAAGGAGCAGGAUGGGUAGAAGGAGCAGGAUGGGUAGAAGGAGCAGGAUGGGUGGAAAGGAGCAGGAUGGGUGGAAAGGAGCAGGAUGGGUGGAAAGGAGCAGGAUGGGUGGAAAGGAGCAGGAUGGGUGGAAGGAGCAGGAUGGGUGGAAGGAGCAGGAUGGGUAGAAGGAGCAGGAUGGGUAGAAGGAGCAGGAUGGGUAGAAGGAGCAGGAUGGGUAGAAGGAGCAGGAUGGGUAGAAGGAGCAGGAUGGGUGGAAAGGAGCAGGAUGGGUAGGAGGAGCAGGAUGGGUAGGAGGAGCAGGAUGGGUGGAAAGGAGAAGGAUGGGUGGGAAGGAGCAGGAUGGGUAGAAGGAGCAGGAUGGGUGGAAGGAGCAGGAUGGGUGGAAGGAGCAGGAUGGGUGGAAGGAGCAGGAUGGGUGGAAGGAGCAGGAUGGGUGGAAGGAGCAGGAUGGGUGGAAGGAGCAGGAUGGGUAGAAGGAGCAGGAUGGGUAGAAGGAGCAGGAUGGGUGGG